AUGAGUAUGCUCAGGCUUCAGAAGAGGCUCACCUCCAGUGUCCUCUGCUGUGGCAAGAAGAAGGUUUGUUUGGACCCCAGUGAGACCAAUGAAAUCACCAAUGCCAACUCACAUCAGCAGAUUUGGAAGCUGAUCAAGGAUGGGCUGAUCUUCCACAAGCCGAUGACUGUUCAUUCCCGGGCUCGAUGCCGGAAAAACAUCUUGGCCCGCCGGAAGGGCAGGCUUAUGGGUGUAGGUAGGCGAAAGGGUACUGCCAAUGCUCAAAUGCCUGAGAAGAUAACUUGGAUGAGGAGGAUGAGAAUUCUGCAGCGGCUCCUCAGAAGGUACCGUGAAUCCAAGAACAUUGACCACCACAUGUAUCACAGCCUGUACCUGAAGAUGAAAGGGAAUGUGUUCCAAAACAAGCAGAUGCUCAUGGAACACAUCCACAAGCUGAAGGCAGACGAGGCCCGCAAGAAGCUCUUGGCUCACCAAGCUGAUGCCCACAGAUCCAAGACCAAGGAGGCUCACAAGCACCGUAAGGAGCGGCUCCUGGCCAAGAAGGAGAAGAUUAUCAAAGGAGGAAGAGACCAAGAAAUAAAGCUCCCCUUCUCAACUGUACAUAGUGGCCUUGGCAAUUAUAUAACUCAAUCAUUCACUAAAUCAAGCCUCUAA